AUGGCGACUGGCCGAAUCAAUGUAGCUCCAAUGGCGCCAUUUGAUCCUAUGUCCGAUCCAAACUCUCUCAGUCAGCGCUGGAAAAAGUGGAAACGACGAUUUGAAACAUAUCUUGUUGCUCUGAAUGUGACUGAAAAGAAACAAAAGCGGGCUCUCUUGUUGUACCAAGCUGGCCAAGAGACUCAGGAUAUUUUUGAUACCCUUGUUGACAUCGGCGAAGACGACGACUAUGAUUCCGCUAUUGCUGCCCUCGAUACGUAUUUUUCACCUAAAAAACAUGUCGAUUUUGAAAUUUUUAAGUUUCGUGAAGCCAAACAACAACCACAUGAAACAAUCGAUCAGUUUUCAACUCGUCUUAGGAAGCUGGCGGCAACCUGUGACUCCGAAAAUAUCGACAAGGAAGUAAAAUCGGCCAUAAUUCAAAACUGUUUAUCGAAACGUCUACGACGCUACGCCCUGCUUGACUCGGCAGGGACCGCGGAGACGGGGGGGCUGGGGGGGGGGCUUUAGCCCCCCCCCCACUUUUUUUGACAGCCAAAAUUAUUAAAAUAGAAAUCUAAAUGAAACUUUCUAAAUUAAUUAAACCUUUUCUAGGCAUUUUUAACUUUCGCAUCUAAUUAAAAUGAAUAAGGGCUAAGCACCCCAUUAUGUGUACCUUACAUGAAGUUCCCGUCAACACAGCCACGUGCUCCGAAACGAAAUUAUUAUUUAUAUUCAUAUGGUUUUUGCAAAGUUUCCGCAAUGGAGUUGAAACUGCCUUUAUUUUUACUUUUUCUUGUGGGAAUAUCUAAUGCAAACUUAGUGAUUUCUAGUGUGACAUCCAGUUUUGAAACAUCAGAAAGUGCGUGCUUCAUGAGUUCAGUUGAAAGUGAUUGUUUAUUUGUUUACCGCCGUAUUAAAUAUAGCUGUGGACAUCCUGGAUCAUUCAACCCCGCUGUCAUAACGAACAAAGAAGCUCAUAUGGUCUAUGGCAACAUGAAUAAUGCAGCUGGAACUUCGCAAACGUCUAGCUUCGGAAAAAAGAAAACGACGAAAAUUUCAGACUAUUUUUUCAAGAAUGAACAAGCAUCUGUUUCGGAAACAGGUGAGUUUAUGAUAUAUUUGUGGUUUGCUCACUCUCGCUUCAUAAACGUCGUUUACGAGCGUGUUUUAAUUUUAGUUGUUUGUCAGUGUUCUGAGUAAUGAGCUGCUUGCCUUAUACGAUAGUUGUCCGAUUAAUUCAAGGUUGCUUUUUCUUUCAAAACAUUUUAGUCCCUCCACCUGUAACAACGUUGGGCCCAAUCACUGCGACGACGAAUGAAAUGACAGUUACAACGUCGAUGAUUGAGGAAUUGCCUUGCGCUUCCGAACAACCGCAGAUACAGGUAGAGCAUAAUCAUCCUGCAACUCAAGCUGAACAAGUUAAUGUGAACAUGACACAACAAAAACCAUUCCAACCAAUAAAUUUCAACUUUCCGAGGAAAAGAUAUGGCAAACAGACCCGCUCAUUUCAGUCAAAGUGGUUUACAGAGUUUCCGUGGCUUCACUACAACGAACAAAACGAUUCUGCGUUGUGUUUUAUUUGUGCACAACAACAUGAAAAAUUGAAUCUUCGCACGGCAAGAAACAAAGAGUAUGCCUUUAUUUCAGACGGCUUCUCUAACUGGAAAAAGGCUUUGACACGGUUUAAGGAACAUCAAAUCUCUGAAUGUCAUAAGACAGCCGUUGAGUACCAUUUAAUUCCGAAAACAUGUGGAAACGUACUUGAAAUGUCAAGCCAUGAUGCAAAAAAGACAAUGCAAACAAACCGUCUGUGUUUAAUUAAAAUCAUAGGAAGCUUGCGGUACCUUGCUCGACAAGGGCAACCCAUACAGGGCGACACAGAUGACGAAUCGAACUUCAUUCAACUUCUUAAAUUGAGGGGAAGUGACGAACCUCUCAUUUUAAGGUGGUUGGAGAGGAAAGGCGAGAAAUAUACAUCACAUGACAUUCAAAAUGAAAUAAUAGCGAUCAUGGCAAAUCACGUUAUCCGUGAUAUUGUGUCUGACAUUGGAAACGGAUUUUUCUCUAUCAUUAGUGAUGAAUACACAGAUGUAAGUAACAAGGAACAACUCACAAUAUGCAUUCGAUGGGUGGAUAAGCAUCUAAAUCCUCACGAAGAUUUCUUUGGAUUUUUUAACAUACCUAAUAUAAGUGCUGAGACAAUAGUUACAGCUAUAAACGAUGUAUUAGUUCGACUGCAGUUAUCAUUAGCUAAUUGCAGAGGGCAAUGCUAUGAUGGAGCCAGUAAUAUGCUUGGGUCAAAAAGUGGCGUAGCCAAGAGAAUUCAAGAACUUCAGCCCAAAGCUCAUGCAACUCACUGUCAUGGUCAUUCAUUAAGUCUGAGUGUGAAGGACACAACGAAAAACUGUAAGGUGAUAUCAAAUACUAUGGAUACAGCAAAAGAGAUUGUGACCCUAAUAAAGUUUUCUCCAAAACGUGAAAAUCUACUGGGAGAAAUACAAAAAAACCUCGAAGAAGGAGAACUGGCAACACAUGGCAUAAUAAAGCUGUGUCCUACAAGAUGGACAGUACGCGCAUCAUGUUUCCAACGAAUCCUGGACAAUUAUUCAGCUCUUCUUCAACCAUAG